ACCCUAGGUCACUUGGAGAAGGCUGUGGUUCUCGAGCUCACCCUGAAGCAUGUGAAAGCGCUCACCAAUCUCAUUGAGCAGCAGCAGCAGAAAAUAAUUGCUCUGCAGAACGGUUUGCAAGCGGGUGACCUGUCAUCAAGAAACCUUGAUUCCAGCCAGGAAAUGUUUCGAUCCGGUUUCCAGAUGUGUGCCAAGGAAAUGCUGCAAUACCUGGCAAAGCACGAGAAUGGCAAGGACCUGAAGUCGUCCCAGCUGGUCAGCCAUCUGCACCGAAUGGCCUCCGAGGUGCUCCAGGGCGGAGCCGGCCGCAAGUCUGGAGACAUCCCUCCUAAAAUGGUGGACUUGAAAGAGAAGCCCGUCUCCUUGACCAAAGCGGCGGAGGGACAUGGGAAAAACUGUGUGCCUGUGAUCCAGAGGACAUUUGCUCACUCCAGCGGGGAGCAGAGCGGCAGCGACACGGACACGGACAGCGGGUACGGGGGAGAGCUGGAGAAAAGUGACUCCAAAUCCGAACAGCAGUAUUUCAGAAAGGAUACUGAACUCAAGUACGCUGUCCAGGAGAGAAUAAGCUCUAUUAAGCAAGAGACUGAGGACCCGCCGGCCAAAAGGAGCAGGCUGGAGUCACCGGAGGAUGAGGGCCCUUUUGGCAGCGACAUGAUGGGCUCUUCCGGCAGCUUCCUGGGCCCCCACACUCACCAGCCUCCCUUGUGCCUGCCUUUCUAUUUGAUCCCACCAUCCGCAACAGCCUAUCUGCCCAUGCUGGAGAAGUGCUGGUACCCAGCCUCCGUACCUGUCUUGUACCCCAGCCUCCCAGCCUCUGCUGCAGCACUUACGGGGUUCAUGAACCCCGAUAAAAUCUCCCCGCCUCUGCUGAUGCCCCAGAGACUCCCUUCUCCCGUACCGGCCCAUUCCCCUAUCGACUCCUCAGCUCUGCUUCAAGCUUUGAAGCAGAUUCCUCCUUUGAACUUGGAAACCAAAGACUAA